AUGAACACCAUUAUGGUAGAACUCAUGGCCAUGCUUAGAGAUCAAAACCAGGGUUCCUCGAGCCAUACCCUGCCUCCCGAGCAUAGGCCAAUGGUCGACCCGAACCCAGUGGUCCCGCCGACCUUUGUUUCGGAGGUUGAGCAUACAUCAUUCUCUACCAUGAUGUACGUACCGGCGGUCCAUCCGGUCAGUGAUCCUCUACUGCCACCGCUUGCCCCUACAACGGUUCCUUUACCACCAGCUGCUUUCCUAUCGACGGAGUCAGCUAUGCAUACUUUGCCACCGCUCAACAUACCGACUCAGCCUCCGAUCUAUACUGGUCUGCCAUCGACACUUCCCCCAGUCACAAGUGCUCCGGGUCCUGUCUCCGCCAUAGACCAUUUCCCUUUCCAAACUCUACAACCCCAAAUGAACUUCCCUUACCCAGCUCUACCGCCUCUAAAUAUUCCUCCCUCUGAACCGGGCACGCCCACUCAGGCCGCCCCUGCAGCUCCACUAACAAAUAUUCCUCCAGAAGCGGAAAUAGAGCAGUAG